AUGUCACAGCUUCAGGACAAUUUCCAGGCUUCCGGUGUUGUCGAUGCUUCCAGCAGCAAGAUUCCAGGGGUUGAAGUGGGGUCGCAGCAAGCGCCAGCUCCCACCCAAGGCGGUGGAAGCGUUAGAGGCAUCAGCCUUCCGAUGGGGAUGGGAGGAGGCGGCGGUGGCGGCGGCGGCGCCGGAGCGGCGGCUUUCCUCACGGGAGGGGGGUUGCUGUCGGGGAAGAGCGUGAUCUCGGUGCAGAGCAAGCGGCUGGCUGACGAUGUCAACUACGUGUACGACCGGCAGAUUCUGUACACGAACAAGAUUCAGUUCCAACGGAGCCGCAUCGAAGACCUGACGUUUCGAAUAGCCAAGGCGGAGAAGGAGCUCGAGGACAAGCGGAAGACCGCCGGGCCCGACAACGCGCAGACCGUUAAGGGCGGCGUUUCCACGACGGAGCGAGAGAUUCAAAGGGUCGAGAACCGUCUCCAGCAGACACUGAUGAAGGCUAGCAUGUUGGACGCGGCCAACGCUCGCCGUAAGGAGUGCGUCAACAGCCUGAGAAGAGAAAAAAUGGCUGAGGUCAAGGCUCAGAAGCGGCUAGUGGCUGAGCUGGAGCGAGCGAGGGCGAUCUGCGCAAGCACCACAAGGGCAACGCAGCAGAUGGUCGACGACAAGGAAAAGACUCGGCGAGAGAUCGAGGUCCUGAAGCAGGAAGUCGUGAAGGACCUGGAGUCGUUUCGGGAGGAAUUUCAGGGCAUGACGGAGAGCCUGGCCGCCGCGAAGGAGGCCACUCAAGAAAGCAACGCGAAACUAGAGUACAUGACGCGUAGUCGCCCUCCAGGGGCAGGAGAAGACGAAGAGGGGGAGUCCGGGCAGGGCGGGGGUGCCGCGGGUGAUGCAUCCACGGGGUCUGCGGGUGGCGGCCCACCCGGGGCGGGAGAGGUGCAGCCCCUGUCGAGAGCAAAACGCCUUCACCAGCAGAGCAUAAUGUCGUUCUGGCUGAUCCUCAAGAAGAAGAACGACCUGCAGGCGAAGGCGGCCAGGGUUCAGGAGCUGCGCGCCAUGCUGGAGAAGAUAAGUGCGGCGACGAGUCUUACCACCCUCGACGACUUCGUUCCUGUGAUGCUGGAGGCCGAGGACGAGAACUACAACCUGUUCAAGCUCAUCAACGAGCUCAACAAGGAGGCCGGAAGCAAGAAAAGUCAGCAGGCCGUCAAGCUUUCCCUCCAGCAGCAGAUAGACCGCUACCGCUCCACGGCUAAGGACCAUGACCGAGCCUACGGCAGGGACGUCGAGGCCAUCAAGUCCAUCGAGGAAAGCCUUAUCUCCGUCUUCAACAAGGUCGGGUCCAGUGACAAGGCGGCGUCCAAGCAGCUGAUCGCCAUGGGCGUGACCGACAGAAACAUCCUGCUCUUCCUGGCUCAGAUCGAGGAGCAGAUCGACUACAUCGUGCAGGUGUACAACGCCGCCACGGAUAGCACGGCCGUGCCGAACGUCCGCCGUCCCUCCACCCCGGUGGUGAACCAGUCGACGGGGGAGCGCGUGCCGAGCAUGUGCGCGCCGCACCCCCCGUCCUCGGACACGAUCGACGACACCCCCCUGGGCAUGUCGGCGGCGGCGGCGGAGGAGGACGCCGACGGCGCCUUCCGCCCGAUCAACACGGCCAGGGUGGCGGUGAGCAUGAAGGAGCAGGUCCUCCGAAUGCCCCAGGGGAUCAACAAGGCGGGCGGCGGCGGAGGCGGCGCUGGGGGGGUGAAGGGCGUCAAGAUCGGAGACGGCAACUUUUCGGGACGCGCCGCCAAAACGGCGGACAUGACGGUGUGCGCUUCUCUAUGCAUGGGGCUUCGAAAGGUUGGCUUGCCGCCAGAGAAAUCGCCAAGUGGUAUAAUCGGGGUCAUGGACUCAGUCCAAGACUCGUCAACGUCGGGGGGGGCACGCGGAGCGUGA